AUGUUUAGACGAUCUAUACACAAAUCAGUUUGUCAAUCAAUACGUACCGUCAAGACUUUGCAUACACCAAUCUAUGAAACGGGGCAGUUGUCCACCAAACAGUCCCUCAUGCAGGGAAUCAAAUUAUUGGACAAUGUAGUCAAUUCCACUACUUACAACAAGACAUUGUUGCAAUUGUCCAAAUAUAAUACGAAUCCCAAAUUCAUCACGUCAAGAGACAGUAUACGGUUGCAGAAUGUAGUCAGAGAGCUUUUGGACGGUUUACGAAUGGAUGAAGUCAUGACAGGUAGAGAACGCCAAGAUCAUCAAUCGAGGUUAGCUAAAAUUGGACUACAAUUAUUCUGUGAAAUCCACGAAAGCAACAUUUUACCUAUAAGCACUAGUUUAACCUUGACCUUAAUGGCUGAAUACGCCAAGAGUCCAAAUGUGACUACUUUGAGGGCCAUGCUCGAUGGCUUAGAAAAAGUACGAACUUUCUUAACGGAGAACAUCAUCCAUAUUUCUUCUACUGUGGAUAUCGAUGCAUUGGUCGAUAAACUGACUAUUUUAAGAGAAGACUCUGAAACGGUUAAACAAGUACUGAAAGCAUUGGAUUACAAACUUUACAGCGAUGAUUUGGUAAGAAUCGUCAAGGGGAGGAAAACCACCGACGAAAUUGACGUUUCCAAAGGCUGGAAAUUCCCGGCCGGUAUAUUGGACACUAAUGAAGCCUAUUUGAGAUCAAUCGAAUUACCCCAGAAGAAGCUUGUAUCUGUGGAUGACGAAAUGCUAGUAUUGAUUUAUGAUGGUACUCUUAGAGAUGCUAAUGCCGUGCUACCUACACUUCACCAUGCCUCCAAAUCUAAAAAAUCGUUACUUUUGAUGGUUACAGGUGAUUGUACAGGUGAUGCGUUGGCGUCUAUCGUCAUCAGUAACAACAGAAACAGACGCCAAGGUAUCAAGAGUCAAACUUUCAUCAUUAAGUAUGAUACUAAAGCCAACGACGGCAUCUCCUUGCAUGAAAAUUACGAUUUGGUACAGUUCUUGCGUCUACCACAGGGGUUCGCAAGUGUCUAUUCUCCAGAUUACAGUACCCUAGUCCCAAGUAAGAUGUGUGCGAACCAAUACUAUGGGAAAUUGGAUUCUUUGAAAGCCACUACAGGUGAAGCAUUUCUCUACAACCCAAUCGAAUGGUCUGGUGAAGAACAGGAAAACCCAUUUACUAAAAUGACCGUCACUGUGAAUGUGGGAGCUCAGAGUGAGAUAGAGAUCGACCAUAGAAGAAACUUCCUCGAUAAUUUAAUCAACAAUACGCUGUGCCAUGGUCUUUCCAAGGGCUUCAUCCCGGGCUAUAACGUGGCUCUAGCUAAAGCUGUGCCGCUUUUGGAGAAGUUGGCUUUUACUGCGCAAGACGUGGAUACUAAGAUGGGCUACGAGGCGGUUAUCAUGGCCUUGGCACAAUCUUUACAAAGGUCCUUAACCAACGCAUUUGGAUACAAUAAAUUCACAAGCACAUCACUGCUAGCUGAGACCAUCAAGGACCCGAAUUUCUCCACUGCCGCCAUCGAACCCAUGGGAGACUUACAGGAACUGUCAAGAUCGGGCAUUUUGGACCCAUGGGAUAAAGUCGACAGGUGUUUGGCAAGCAUUGCUAGUUUUAUGAGAAUUUUAUCCAGCAGCGACAAAAUAGUGGCUCAAGUAUUUGAACCUCCAAAGAAGAGACAACCAUGA